AUGGAGGAAUCGAUGUACCAACACCAACAACCGAAAAUGGAAGACGUGUAUCCUCCCAAAGUUGAGGGUCAUUUCCUCGAUAGCAAGCCCCAGGAAUAUCCACCAGCUAUGCCAGAAAACUAUGCCAUGCCUAAACAAGAACUAGCUUAUCCACCCCCAAAGCCUGAAGAACAGAUGAUUCCAAGGCCAGGCCCGAUGCCCAAUCGCCCACCGACCAAGUUCAUCAGUGUCACCAGUUCCGCAUUGACAGAAGAACAAAGAGCGAUGUACGAGUCUGUCCUAUCCACAUGGAAACCAGUCAUGUUUCCAAAGCGUACCAAACGCUACAUAUGCCAGAAAUGUAGUAAAGAGUUCAAGAAUUAUCAAAAUCUGUACCUCCAUACGACCAGAGUGCAUUCCUCUGAAGAAUCAGCAGUUGUUUGUGAUAUAUGCGAUAAAACCUUCAAGAAUAAACACUACCUAUACAUGCAUCGAAUGAAUAAACAUUAUUCCGAAUCGGAAAAAUGCUAUUGCCAGUUCUGUCUCCAAGAGUUCAGGACGAGGCGAGCGCUGCAUAUGCACGUCAAACGCAUACACCCAAAUACAUUGCCCGAGAUUAAAUGUCCAGAAUGUGGCAAAGAGUUUUCCGUACCUUACAAGUUGAGAUACCAUAUGGACAAUUGCCACAGACCAGAUCAAGACAAAUACAAGUGCCAUAUUUGUCAAAAGUUGUACAAAAGUCACCUGAAUCUGAACAGACAUUUGCAUUUUCAGCAUUCUCAAGUCGAAAGGCACCCUUGUGUUUUCUGUCCUAUGACAUUCAAAUCCAGACAUCAUAUGAAACGCCACAUUCUGAAUAUUCAUCCUCCGCUGGAAUCGAAAGUGACUUGUCCGGAAUGCUUGAAGGAAUUCAAGAAUGAUCAGUACUUAAAAGAGCAUAUGCAGGUGCAUACGUCUUUCGAGAAGAAAGUGAAAUGCGAGCUGUGCGAUAAGUUUUUCCAUUCGGCGGUGCGUUUAAAAAAGCACAAGAAAAUCGUGCAUCCAAACAAGCCUAAGAUACGUUGCGAGAAAUGUGACAAAGAGUUUGCGCAUGCGCACUAUCUGCGUCGCCAUAACAACUCCGUGCACGUAGAAGUCGAUGAAAGCAACUACCAGCACGAAUGCGAACAGUGUGGCAAGAAAUUCAAGAUAAAGAGAUACCUAAACAACCAUCUACAAAGACACGAACAACAACACUUGAAGCGUAUAUCGCAAAUGGUCAAAACUGUGAUGGACGAAGGGGAAGCCCCACCCAAGGUCGCCAAGAGACGGGGAAGGCCACGAAAGGCUAGAAAGGAAAUUGAGUUCAUAAAAUGCGAACCUGUUUCCAGUUCAGAAUCUGAAUCGGGCGAAACGGAUUCCGAAUCCGAAUAA